AUGGCAGAAGGAGAAGAACCACCAGUAUCCUACGAGGACCUCGCCUUGAUCGAAGCAGAAUUCGAAGAUGUCGACACCGAGAUCAUGCGCAAGCAAUACGACCUCAGCGCCCCCCUCUACGCCAAACGCACCGAAGUCACCCGCAAAAUCCCCAACUUCUGGCCCCUCGUCAUCGAACAAGCACCCCCCGACAUCGACCAAUGGAUCCAACCGCACGACAGCCGCAUCAUCGCCGAAUCGCUCCUCAACAUCGAAGUCCGGAGACCGGAGCUGGAUAACAAGGGCUCUGGGAACCCGCGCAGCGUCAGCAUAAAGCUCGAGUUCAAACCCAACCAGGACUUCGAGGACACGGUGCUGGAGAAGACGUUCUGGCACCGCCGCGCAAAGGAUGGGUGGAGCGGGCUGGUGUCGGAGCCGGUGAGGGUGCAUUGGAAGAAAGGCAAGGAUUUGACAGAAGGGCUGACGGAUGGCGCCGUAGCGCUGUGGGAGGCCCGGAAGAAGACGGGUGAUAUGACGGCCAAGACACUGCCGGAGUACUAUGCGCUGAAGAAGAAGGUGGAUUCGUGGAAUGGCAGCAACACGUCGUUUUUCACGUGGUUUGGGUGGGUGAGUGGACGGAGGUGGGUGAGCGCGGAGGAGAGCGAGGAGGCUAAUAGGAUGUACUUGGAGAGCAAGGAGAAGAGGAUGAAGGCUGCCAAGAGUGAGGGGGAUGCUGCGGAGGAUACGAAUGAGGAUGAAGACCAGGAGGAGGAGAAUGAUGACGAAGCGGUGGAGGUGCAUCAGGCGGGCGAGGAAUUGGCGAUUAGCUUUGCGGAGGAGCUGUGGCCGAAUGCUCUGAAGCUGUUCACGCAGGCGCAGGAUGAUGACAUCUCGGAGAUUGAUUUCGAAGACAUGGAUACGGACGAAGAAGACGAAGAUGAUGAUGACGAGCCCAUCGACAUCCGCGCUCUGGUGCAGGAUAAAGGUGGCAAGGCGCGGUCGAGAGAUAGCACUGGUGGUGGUGCGGCGCCGCCAAGCAAGAAGCAGAAAAAGAAGUGA